CAAAUUGAUGCUAGUAUUAGUGAUUUGGGGAAUUUUCAUUUAUUUAUUAAUAUUUUAUUGAGUAAGUUCGUUUGAGUUGAACUAAUUUUCUAUAAUUUAGAAAUGGGUCAGAUUGCAUUGAUUGGACAGAUUGAACUGGCUUACGAACGGCAACGCUAUGCAAUGCGCUGUAGAUUUAAUUCCAUGUGGGCAAAACUAAAGCGAAAGUAUGAAAAUUUUAGUAAAUGGAUAUAUCCACACGUUGAAUACAUACAUGAGCUGUGGUUGGAUUACGUUUUUGAUGAAGAUCCUGUUAAAACAGGCGAAGAUUUGGAGGCAGCUAGCGAGAUACGCGAUUGGAAGAAGGCGUCCAUACGAUUUCUUGCCCUCCAUCCAUGCAGUCCUUUCAUAUAUGUCGCUUUGGCCACAAGAAUGGAUACGGUGUUGCUCUUGCAUGAAAAUGAAUUAACGUGCACUCAGUUUAAGGAUCACGCAAAUCAAAGGGACAUUACCUGUAUGGCCUUCCGCAGCUUUACAUGCUUUGAGCUGGCGGUGGGUUGUGCCGCAGGGAUAUGUCUUUGGAGCCGGAACAAGGAUCGGUACACCUUAAGAAUGCUCACCGAUAAACGACAUGUGUAUGUCACUUCCUUGGCGUGGGCUGAAAAUGGCUUAAUUUUAAUCAGUGCUUCCUUGGGCUGUGGAAACAUAAUUUUCUGGCAGCCGGAAAUGGGAGAGAAAAUGCGUUUCCUGUUGGGUGGUAGAAACGGGUUUUCCCUACUGAGCUAUACCCCAGAUCCUGGGUUUAUAUUUUAUGCUUACAGCGAUGCUGGAGCUUCAUUCUGCAAAUAUGAUGGCAUGAAACUAUUUGAAGGGACAAACAUUUUGUCAGAGAAACGCAUACAAUCGAGCACGUGGACACAGUGCGGAUCUCAUUUAUUCUUCGUGGAGAAGGAUAGCUGCUUACUCUAUGCCUGUGUUGCUUUUCCCGAUGAGGGUGUCGUUUUAGAUCCAGACGUCUUGUGGAAGCCUCAGGUAGUGGCUGAUUUGGAUCGUGUUACCUGUUCUGGUCAGCACAGGGCCUGUGGUCACAUUCAGUCUAUUGCCAUAGAUCCAUUAGACAUAUACAUGGCCAUUAUUUUCAAGAAUCAGCCUUUUGUGCUAAUCUGCUUCUUGGCUUUAUCGCAAGUUUUACCAGUAAGAAUCUUGCCGCGAAACUAUGUCACAUAUAAUGGUAAUUCCACGGAGAAGGAGCAAGUCUAUCCGACUUGCGUGAAAUUCACCGUCUGCCAAUCGAAACCUGUACGUUCAUUAGUCAUUGCUUGGUCCACGGGGCAGUUGCAGCGACUUGUCUAUAACGCCCAAAGUCCUGAGGAGGCUCUAAGUCGCAUGUCAACCAAUUCGAAUCUGAAUCAACUAAAGUGGACGAAUUAUUUGACUAUUGGAUAUGGACCAGAAUCGGAAAUGGUUGUUUUCAAAUGAAAGUUGAUGUUAAUGUUAAAUUAAGUUAAUUAUGUUUGUGAUUAGUUAUUGUUGAAUUUAAAUUUUUGUUAAUCGCAUGAACGAGCAAAUUAAAAGA